GAAAUCCAGUGCAAAAGUAAUGUAUUUAUUUCUGUUUUGUUGUACUUCCCUUAGGGGAUCAUGGACAUCGAAGCAUAUUUUGAAAGAAUUGGUUAUAAGAACCCUAGGAAGAAAUUGGACUUGGAAACAUUAACUGACAUUCUUCAGCACCAAAUCCGAACCAUUCCUUUUGAAAACCUUGACAUCCAUUGUGGGGAAGCCAUGGAAUUGGGCUUGGAGCCCAUUUUUGAUCAAGUUGUAAGGAAGAACCGUGGUGGGUGGUGUCUCCAGGUCAAUCAUCUUCUGUACUGGGCUCUGACCACAAUCGGUUUUGAGACCACAAUGUUAGGAGGGUAUGUUUACAGUACUCCAGCCAGCAAAUAUAGCAAGGCUAUGAUUCACCUUCUGCUGAUGGUGACUACUGAUGGCAGGAAUUACAUAGUAGAUGCUGGGUUUGGACGCUCUUACCAGAUGUGGCAGCCUCUGGAGUUAAUUUCUGGGAAGGAUCAGCCUCAGGUGCCUUGCAUCUUCCACUUGACAGAAGACAAAGGAAUCUGGUACUUGGACCAAAUCAGAAGAGACCAGUACAUUCCAAACCAAGACUUUCUUAAUUCUGAUCUCCUAGAAAAGAACAAAUACCGAAAAAUAUACUCCUUUACUCUUGAACCUCGAACAAUUGAAGAUUUUGAGUCUGUGAAUACAUACCUUCAAAUGUCUCCAACAUCUGUGUUUACAAACAAGUCAUUCUGUUCCUUGCAGACUUCUGAAGGGGUUCACUGUUUAGUGGGCUGCACCCUUACCUAUAGGAAAUUCAAUUUUAAGGACAAUAUGGAUUUGAUAGAGUUUAAAAUACUGAAUGAGGAAGAAGUAGAAAAAAAGCUGAAAAAUAUAUUUAAUAUUUCCUUGGAGAAAAAGCUUGUGCCCAAACAUGGUGAUCAAUUUUUUACCAUUUAGUAUAAGGAGCAAAAAUGGUCCUCAGUAUUACUUCAUGUACUGAAACUUUUUAUUAUAAAAAAUUUUAAACAUAGAGACAAUAAAAUAGUAAAUGUCUGUAUCACCCAAUUUAUCAAUUAUCAGCUACCAUAUUUCCCCAAUACUCACACAUUAUACUGAGGAAAAUUUUACCCUUAAAAAUGUCAGCAUUUAACAUUACAAAGCUGUAGUUAUCAAGACAGUAU